GCACACGCUCGGGGGAACAUGGCGGCGGCGGCGGAGCCGGCUGUCCCGGGGCUGGCGGGCGGCGCGGGCGCGGUGGCGGGGACGCCGUCGGGCGCGGUGCCCGUGCUCUUCUGCUUUUCUGUCUUCGCGCGGCCCUCGUCGGUGCCGCACGGCGCGGGUUACGAGCUGCUCAUCCAGAAGUUCCUCAGCCUGUACGGCGACCAGAUCGACAUGCACCGCAAAUUCGUGGUGCAGCUCUUCGCCGAGGAGUGGGGCCAGUACGUGGACCUGCCCAAGGGCUUCGCGGUGAGCGAGCGCUGCAAGGUGCGCCUCGUGCCGCUGCAGAUCCAGCUCACCACUCUGGGAAAUCUUAUGCCGUCAAGCACUGUGUUUUUCUGCUGUGAUAUGCAGGAACGGUUCCGGCCAGCCAUCAAGUACUUUGGGGAUAUUAUUAGCGUAGGACAGAGACUGUUGCAAGGGGCCCGGAUUUUAGGGAUUCCAGUUAUUGUAACAGAGCAGUAUCCUAAAGGCCUUGGAAGCACCGUGCAAGAAAUCGAUCUAACAGGUGUUAAACUGGUGCUCCCGAAGACCAAGUUUUCCAUGGUGUUACCGGAAGUGGAAGCAGCAUUGGCAGAGAUCCCGGGAGUCAGGAGCGUCGUGCUGUUUGGAGUAGAAACUCACGUGUGCAUCCAGCAGACGGCCCUGGAGCUCGUCGGCCGUGGCAUCGAGGUUCACAUCGUUGCCGACGCCACCUCCUCCAGAAGCAUGAUGGACAGGAUGUUUGCUCUGGAGCGCCUUGCUCGGACUGGCAUCAUCGUGACCACCAGCGAGGCCGUCCUGCUGCAGCUGGUGGCUGAUAAAGACCAUCCCAAAUUCAAGGAGAUCCAGAAUCUAAUUAAGGCCAGCGCUCCCGAGUCCGGUCUGCUCUCCAAAGUCUAGGACGGUUGGAGGACGGCUCUCCCGCACACUGCCCGGGACAGGACUGUAAGCCAGACAAGUACUCUCGACUCCACUAGAAUAAAAACGUUCAACCCCAAACGGCUCCUUUUCUGCCCCUCUUAGUGCCACCUCACCGGCUAGACCACCUGGAACCAGCGUUUAGUUAUAGACGUCCCAGGCUUUGGGUGCUGCUGCUGCUGUCCGCCUUGGUUUCUCGAUGUGCUUUUAUUUAUUCAAGAAGAGUUUCAGUAGAGGUGCCUGACUUGUCCAUAUUAUGUACGCAUCACAACCGUCAAAGGAAACACUCUUAUGUUCUUCAAUUGUGUGUUAAAACAAGCGUAGCCAUAAUGGUUUGGUUUGUCUGUAUUCGUGAGAUGUGCAGUACCUUGUCCUUGUGGGUUCAGGGGUGUCACAAUGCAGGUUGGUUGACACUGGAUCACUGUUUGGGUGUUUGAAGGGAGGGCUGUGUUACAGGGUCCCCGUGUCCCUCAACGUGGUGUCCACUUAUGAAGUGAGUCAAAUCACUCACCAAACCAAAUUCUGACGAAUAAUUACAGCUCUUUCUUGAGUCUGCUGAUUUGCUGAACCUGGUCGCCAUGACUGACGCCCUGGGAGUGUCCGCUUCUUUGAGCCUGAGCCUUUUGCUGGAAGGACUCCUGGGGCGUGGCUUACUUCCCCGCGUCGCGGACGGGGUGGAUGGUUGGAGUUGGAGGGCUGUUUCAAUGACUUCGAAGUGCGACCUUUAUGAACAUCUUGAAUGCUGCUACUCCUAGAAUAUUCAGGGUUUAGCCAAGCUAUAAAGGGAGGGGGGCGCAAAAAAAUGUAGUUUUAAAAUACCUGUGUUCUGUUCUCUCGUCUCCGCUUGGCCUCCAGAUCCUGCCAAUGCAGGCACCACUGAUAAUUUGGUGAUAUUAAUUUUGUGGUCAUCAUCACCCUUUAAAAAUUUAUUUUCCUUAAGUACUUAUUAGAAGGUUUUAAAGGUGUUUUUUUAAAAAUCUGUGGUAUGUGGAAACAGUGCUGUCUUUUCUACAAUAAAGUGAUUAAAGGAA